AUGGACACAGCAGACGUACGCACACCACGACCGACUGCAAAGAAGAUUGAGCAAUGGCUCACUGACUGGGUAUACAUCACCACCCAAGGCAAAUUAAUCACGCUGCUGGAAACUGACGGCAACCGACCGCAAGAGGACUUUCUGAUCGCCUGCAAGGCUCUGGAUCAGGAAUAUGCUACGUCCUGCCUACGCGAGAUCUUCAAACAUGAAGCGCGUGGCACUACUGCAGAGAUCUCAUCUCUUGAGACAUACGUUGCUGAGAUGACCACAUACCUACGCCGCACAAAGCCUCAAUCUACAGGCCUGGCAGUCUCUGCUGCUAAGCUUAGAAUCACAAAGCCAACUAAGACUUAA